AUGGCGUCCAACGGCGCCGAUCGCACAUCAAACUUGCUGAACCUUCUCAAGUUCAGCGGCUCUGGUGCCCGUGAUCAACAGGCCCAGCAGCCAUUGCAGACACAGCAGCAGCAGCCGCAGCCGCCCAUUGGGUCCCAGCCGGCCCAGUCGUCGCAGCAGCAUUCGCCUGCUGUCGAGCAUCAGCCGCACCACCAUCAGCAUCACGCACCACUGUCGCCGCCGCAGCAAAGCUACCAACAGACCUAUCAGCAAAACUCAAACCAGAACCAAAAUCAGAAUCAGCACUACCUAGGGUAUCAGCAGCAACCGCCGCAAUCGCAUCAAUACCAGAUGCAGCCACAGCAGGCUCAUGAAUCGCAUGCCGAGUACCAGCACCGUAUUCAUCAGCCUGCACCCGCAGCGGCUGACCCUAAAGGCUUGCUCGCCGCGCUGAUGCGUGGUGCUCAUGACUCUGAGUCGCCUGCUCCCCGACCUCACGAGCAGCAACACUCGCAGCAUGCUCAGCAGCAGCAUGUCCAGUCGCCUCCUCAGCAGUCUCAGCCUGCCCAACAGCAGCAGCAGCAGCAGCAGCAGCAGCAGCAGCAACAGCCCCAAGCCAACCCCUUUGGCAGUGGAGGCUCGCCGCCGCCUGAGACGAGGUCGUAUCUCCUCAAUCUGCUCAAUCGCCCCAAGCCGAGCCAGAAUGAACAGCCGAUGAUGGCCGAGACGUCACGAUCGAACAACGACACCCCGCAGUCUCCCGAUUUAGGCGAGCACACUCGCGAGUUCUUGUCUCAAUUCUCCCAGCAAACUUCGGUCGAUGCGUACGCUGCUGCCAAGCAGUACCAGGCCCAGACGUACGGACAAGGCUAUGGCAACGAGCAACAUCACCCUCAGCAGCAACAGAAGUCGGAUGACCCUGGCAAUGUCGAGCUCUAUCAGCAGUUGAUGGGAACCUUGGCACAAAAGUCGUCUCCCCACGGCAGUGCUGCCGCCCACUCUGCGUCCGCCUCUGUGGCUGGUCAGCCCUUCCAGGUCCUCAUGAAGGACCACUCCUCCCCGGCUGGCUCCCAGCAUCAUGGUUCUCAGCGUGGAGCAAAUGAGAGCCACCACGAUCACCGAAGCCCUGCCAUGAGCCCCCAAGACCUUCACCGUCAUAAGGCGAACCGCACUUCGUCACUUCACUCUCACCAGUCUGCGUCCGUCUCCAAGCCAACUCCGACGUCGAUGGAAUUCGAGCGUCAUGGCGCGCCCGAGCACAAGGAAACUGUCUCGGAAGCUGUCACUGAUCUUGGCCCCAAGGCAGACCGCGACGCUCGCGAGGCGUUGAACAAGGCCGAGCAUGAGCGUUCCGAGGCUGAAAUCGCCGACGAGCUCGACAGAAUGCUCAACGCCGACUCUGAUGCCGAGUUCAAUCGCAACGCCCGCAACGUAGCUCGCGAACUGCAGGACGAGCUCGACAAGAGCGAGAACGAGGGCGCCCUUGACCAGACGCUGCCCCGUGAGGUGGCCGACACUGUUCGCGAGAUUGUCGACGAGACGGCCCAAGGUGUGGCGGACAGCUGGGAGAGCGCAGACCAGGAGGAGAUUGUGGUCAUCGAGGAGAGAGAGGAGCCACCUGUCAAGGUCUUCAACUUCCCCAUGAAGCCAUGGAUCUCGGUCAGUCUCCUAGCGGGCACUGCCGAACCACGUCCAGAGUUUCGCUAUGAAGCUGUUAUGGAUGUCGCCCGUCUUAAAAAGGAGUUUGACCAGAUCGACCGCAACCUGUACACUGCCUCGCCCAAUUACAUGACCUACGGCAUGUCCAAGCAGGGCGGUCUGCGCAUCAUCCGCCAGGAGGAUGGGAAGGACGCCAAGGUCUUCACCGACACCAAGGACCGCAUAUUCAACGUGGCCAUGUCGGUGACACCCGCUGACUAUGAGGGCACCUACCGCGAAGCCAUCAUUGGUACCGGCAUCAGUGGCACCGUCUACUGGGUGCAGAUCAGAGACGGAGAGAAGGACCAUACCGAAGAUGCGCACCUCGAGCAAUACGGCUUUGCCUUGCCGCCCAUGAGCUCGUCGGAGGGUGACACCCCCGGCGGCGUGCUCAAGACUCGCGCGCGGGCUUCUACCAGCCACCCCGGCUUCUUCGCCGUUGGCCGUGGCAAGACCAUCAACUUUGUCUGGCCCUCCUACAUCAUGCAGAACAACCUUUUCAAGCCAGGCCACGACCGCGUUGUCGACACGGAGAAGUUGCUGUCGCAGUGCUCGCUCAAGAUCAACACCGGUAAGGCCGGCAAGGACUUCACCUUCAGUCAGGAUGAUUCCGUGGUCGUCUCGCUAGACAAGUCCGGCCGAGUCAAGUUCUGGGAUGUUCGUGACUUGACCGCGACGAAGAGCGGCAGCGACCCUCGCCACCCUGUGCCUGAGCACACGUCCAUGGAGGUCCGGGAUCCCCUGAUGACACUGGGCAGCACACCCGAGGGCGAGAAGGCGUGGCCGACCUCAGUCCUGCUGCUCGACAAGCAGCGCCCUUACCAGAAGCGCUGUGCUUUGCGUUACAUGAUUGUUGGCAUGAAGCAGAACCACACGCUGCAGCUGUGGGACCUCGCGCUGGGUAAACCAGUGCAAGAGUUCAACCUGCCGCACAGCAAGGAGUCGGAUGCGGUGUGCAGUGUCAUGUACCACGCCGCCUCUGGCAUGAUUAUCAUCGGCCACCCAACCCGCAACUCGGUCUACUUUGCCCAUCUGUCGGCGCCCAAGUACAACCUCAAGAGCAUGUCGCAGGCGGAAUACAUUGAACGCCUUGUUGCGCAAGACUCCUCCAUCCCUCAGCCGGAUAGUACUGCUGUCAUUAGUGGAGUCCGCGAGUACUCCUUUGAGAACCGGGGAGUCCUCCGCAGUCUCGACAUCCUGCCGCAGCCCGCCAUAGCGCAGGACACUGACGAGGCCGCCUUGUUCGAGCUGUACGCCAUGCACUCCAAGGGAGUCGCCUGCCUGUUAAUCAAGCAACGUGACCUCGGCUGGUCCAAGGACAACAAGGUGCUCGCCCCUGUCGAUGCGGUUAGUGAAGGUAUCGUCACCGUCUCCAAGCUGAAGACACCCCAGGCCAUGGAAGCCGAAGUCAAGGAGACGCCUGUCCCCAUUCGCAACGGCAAUCGUGGGGCCAAGGACACGACGGCUGCCCCCGUUCCGUCCGUCGACACUUCUGUUGAUCCUGACACCUCCACCAAGAACAAGCCGGAGCCCAAGGACGUGGAGAUGCCCGCGGCGCCCCCGGUCAAGGAGAAUCAACCCGAGAAGCCAGAGCGCAAGCCUCGUAAGAAGAAGGGCGCUGCUGCUGCUGCCGCGGCUGCCGCGAACAACCAGGGGGACGCCACAACGAAUGGAGCAUCGAGUGGUCCCAAUGCAGGCAAGGGUGGAAACGGCUCAGGCAUGUCCAACGAAGCACUCAACAGCGCCGUCGCCAGCAUGGAGACACGCAUCACAGCAGGCCUGGCCGACGCUCUCAAGGGCUCUCUCAAGGGCCUGCAGACCCAGAUCGACGACAGUGCUCGCGAGCGCGACGUGAGCUUCAAUGAACACCAGCGCAAGCUACUGGACAUGGUGUCCGAGGUUCUGAACGACAACACCCAGAAGGUGCUGCAGGCACUCAUUCACCACCAGUUCACCGAGCAGGUCAUCCCUGCGAUUGGCGAGACUGCUGGCCGGGCUGUGACGGAGCUGCUGGACCACAAGCUCCAGCCCAAUGUCGCCAAGGCUGUCCACAAGGAGAUCCAGAACACUCUGCCGCAAGCUGUCAACCGGUCUCUCCGCGCGAAUGACUUUGUGCAGAGCGUAACCGAUCGCAUUGGACCGCAUGUUGCGCAAGCCGUGCAGCAGGAGGUGGUGGCCUCGCUCACGCAGCGCCUCGCGCCGACGCUCACCAACGCCGUCACUCAAUCGACAAAGCAGAUGUCGACCGACCUGCGCCAGCAGUACCACGAGCAAUACGAGCACCUCAAGGCACAGCGUGCUGCUGACUCGCAUAAGAUUGAUCAGCUGAAGACGCACGUGCAGCAGAUGGCGGACAUGAUCUCGCAAAUGGCAUCGUCGCAGUCGGCGUUGCAGGCUGAAAUUCUGAAGCUCAAGCAAACCCCCGUGCACGAGCUUCCCGGCCUCCCAGGGCCGCAGGGUCAUCCUGGCAUGCCAGGUCCUCAACAGAGCUACGGCGGUGGCGUUCACGGCCAGCCGGGGCCCAUGCUGCCCAGCCAGCAAUCCAGCUAUGCGCCCAGCCAGGCCCCGAGCCACGCGCACACCUACGCUGGCUCCCCCCAGUACGCCCGCGGCGGGCAAUUCGUGACCAGCCCUCCCGGCUCUCACGCGCAGUCUGAGCAGCUGGCCGGCUCGCAGCACAGCGUGUCGGCGAUUGCAAGCACUCUGGCCAGUCAACUGAACCGGCCCGAGGCGCAAGCCGACCAGGAUCUCCAGCAGCGCAGCCGUCGCAUCGACCAACUCAUCCAGGAGGAUCGCCUACAGGACGCAGUGAUCCAAUGGAUCCAGAGCGGGCAUGAGGAUCUCAUCUUCAAGCGGACUAUGUCUCGCUACCCGCCUUCCAAGUUUGAGAACCUGCCACCGCUGAUGCUUCUUGUCAUGAUUGCUACGAUCUCCAAGGACAUCAAGCCCAACGCGCUCCUGAAGGAGGAAGUGGAUUGGAUCGAGAUGGCCAUCCGGUCGUUUGACAAUGACAUUCACAACCACGACUGGAACGCGCAACCAUACCGCGACGUAGCCCGCAGCGGCAAGCAGACGAUGCAGCUGCUCGUGACGCGCAUGCAGGCGCUGAGCAGCGGCAUCCAGCCCGGGUAUCCGAUCGACCCGUUCCUGGCGAAUGUGGACAAGAACAAGUUGGACUGGAUUGUGCGGACGUCGGACAACAUCCUGCACAAGUUUGCGGCCAUGGGUCACUACGAAUGA